GAUCAAAGGUUCGUGUAUUUCAUUUUGACUUAUGAUUAAACACCACGGCUCCGCAGUCCAAGUUCUUAAGGCGUUGAUGAAGAAAUCCGUCAACUUUGUACGGACCGCUGUCAUUGGGUGACUGCGUGCUCCCCGGCCGUGCUUUUAUUUUUAAUAUGAGGGAGGGGGUUCCCAGAAAAUACCUCCUCCUGCUGUUCCUCGGCUCUAUCUCGUGAAUAUCAAACACUCGCCGUCUCCAUAUUGGAAGCAGAGAUCAGAAAACACAGGAAAACAUGAAGAGGCAGUUUUUGACGAUCGCUUAAGCGCGCGGACGUCGGCGUUCUCCGCUAUAGCUCCGGGAGUUUAAACGCAAGCGUUCAGACGUCGCGCGGGUCAUUUAUUCAGCCCGCGUUUGGAGGUUUCAUGGUCAGCGCGCUAACGCUAUCUUACAUUAGCAACCCAGCCUCCAACUACUUGUUAGCCGUUCGGCGCUGGCGCGACUGGUUUUUGUUAUGCGCGUCCACACGGGCUGAUUGAUCAAAUGUGUGUCCGCGACGCGUAUUUUAAUGCAACAAAACGCAAAGAUUAGUGGUCGGGUGCAGUCCGUUCGCCCACGCUAGCCUGAGCGACAGCAGUCUGCUGCUGGCUGGAGGUCUGCCAUUAACUCGACUAGCUGUUAGCACAAGCUGAGACACGGACGCGGCCAGAACUCGCUGGAAAAAAAAGGAGCUAACAUCUCGUUUCCAUGGACAACACGUCCAUAAUAACGCAGGUUACGAACCCCAAGGAGGAGGAGAUACUCUCGUCAAAUGCUGAGAAAGUGUCGCUGUCUAACAGCAGCCUGAAGAAGAAGAGGACUCGCAGCAUCUUCAGCUCAUUGUUCUGCUGUCUGAGAAGUUACGAUGCCGAGCCCCCCGCCGCCCCCAACAACAACAGCAGCCCUCUGCCUCCACCUGUGGAGGAGAACGGAGCUCCACCAAAGUGUGACCAGGUUGAGGUCAUCCCUAUCCCCAGUCCUCCAGAGAAGUACCUCCUCCCUGAGGUUAACAUAAAUGACUAUGGGAAGAAGUGUGUGGUGAUAGACUUGGAUGAGACUCUGGUGCACAGCUCGUUUAAGCCCAUUAGCAACGCUGAUUUCAUCGUCCCAGUGGAGAUUGACGGCACAGUGCAUCAGGUGUAUGUUCUCAAAAGACCUCACGUUGACGAGUUCCUGCAGAAAAUGGGCGAGCUGUUUGAAUGUGUGCUUUUCACAGCCAGUCUAGCCAAGUACGCUGACCCCGUGGCUGACCUGCUGGACCAGUGGGGUGUGUUUCGGGCGAGACUCUUCCGGGAAUCCUGCGUUUUCCACAGAGGGAACUAUGUCAAAGACCUUAGUCGGCUCGGGAGAGAGCUCAGGAACGUCAUCAUUGUGGACAACUCCCCUGCUUCCUACAUUUUCCAUCCUGAAAACGCUGUUCCCGUGCAGUCGUGGUUUGAUGACAUGAAUGACACGGAGCUCCUGGACCUGCUGCCUUUCUUCGAGGGACUGAGCAAAGAGGAGGACGUGUACGGGGUGCUGCAGAACCUGAGGGGCAGGUAGCAGGCUGCUCUCUCUCCUCUCUCCUCUCUCCUCCAGCCUGCGGUCCUCACCUCACCCACACCACCAGGACAUCAACAGACUCUGAACAUUAACAGACACUCGAAUACUUCUCUUUUGAAAAAGUGCUUAUGAUAAACCAAAAAAUCAACUAUACUACUUUUUCUUUCCCUUUUUUUGAAACGAUAUCCAAGUCCAUAACCAUUCUCUGAGGUGUUGCUAUGCAGGUAGAAAUCCGUAGGGUUUAAAGGACUGUGGGGUUUCCUCUCCGACCCAACAAAGUGCCUUUUUUGAAUGUCAUUUUUACGGGGGAAAUUAACAUUUUGUACACGACAUAUUUCCAGAGAACCUAAUCUUUACAAGAAUUAUAUGCUUUAAAACGGAGGCAGGUCAGACUCUUUUUAUAAAAGCACUGUUAAAAGAGGCCAGAGAUUUUUAAUUAUGUAAAGCUGGGUACACGUCUCCAUCUUCUGUUCUUCUCGUGCUCCUUUCGUUUUCGAUUUUGCUUUAGCUCGUGCCAUUAUAUAGACCGAAACUAUUAUCUAGACUUGUAUAUGUUUAGUUCGUUUUCUAAGAGCAAAGGAAUGCAUUUGCACUUGUUAGGUUACUCGUCUCAUAUACCACAGCCUCUUUUUGCCAACUAACCCCUUGAAUCGUGCCAAUCGCUAAUAUUUGUCUCGCAAUCCGAUGCUGAAAUACGUUUCGUUUUCGGCAAACAGGCCCCCCGACGCUAAUAUUGGUGCUGGAGACAAAUGUUUGGACAUCUCAAAAACAGAACGUUUUAGCUUUUUUUUUUUUUGGAACUUUGUUGAUCCGAAUGCCUUUGGUGAAGUAGCGUAGACACUGCAGUUGUUCCCCCGCUAGUCGUUUUUAAAGGGGAAAUGUCCUUUUACGUAAACCAGGAUGCACAAUUGCAAAUGUAUCCCUUUUAUCGUUUUUAAUUCUUUUGUUUGAGUCGCGAGUUCUUGAGAAUUGGUACAGGUCCAUCAUCUUAUAUAUAUAUAUAUAUAUAUAUAUAUAUAUUUUUUUUUUUUUGGAUUAGUUUCGACUCGUUUUAAACCAUACCCUGCUGCUGCUAUCACUGUAUACUACACUACAAAAGACCUCCCUGUAGGGUACCACCAGUACCAGCCCAGGGACUAGAGCUCUGCGCAGCUUGUAGGCUUUGCUUUUGCCCUCUCGCAGAGCUAAACUUUUUCUCCUAGUGAGGGUUCGAAAGCGUUCGGCGCAAGCUGUGCAGACUCUCCAUCACCGCAGUGCCUAAGACGAGAGGAGCGGCGGCGGGACGUCCCGAUCGCUGCUGAACAGGCAAUAACCUCUCUUUCUUUCUCUCUGCCCAGAGUCCGUCACGUCACGGUUCGGUGUCUACACGUUGUCCACGUUUUAGUUUUUUUCCCCUCAGUCUUUCAUCGUCUACCUCUCUCUAUCUCUCUCUGUUCAUCCUGUUCUGCGGCAGGCGAUGGAGGGCGAUUCAUUCUCACGUUUUUGGUCUUCUGUCAGUAUUCGAGAUGUAUGCUUAUGUUAGCCCACACUUGCUGUUUUCUGCUCGUUGAUGCGCUGUACAGCCUCUCUUCAGUCGUCGCCGUCGAUUUGGCUUGCUAGCGUUUUUGUUUCUAAUGGUCAAACAAUGCAUAACACGUUGCAAAUUUCACUUUUUUUUUGACACCGCGUCCUGGUGAUCUGGCAGCGUUUAAACACUAUCGGUUUUGCUCACAGGUGAUGCUUCUGUUUUUCACACAACUAAACAGUCAGGUGCUGCUUUUUAACACACUAUGUUUUUGUGACGUCACUUAAAAUAUCUGGCACGUUCAAUUAAAUUAUGCCUUAUUUUCUUUAGCGAUAAUUUUCUUUCAGUAAGCCAUACAGACACUUUAAAAGGUCCACAGAUUGAAAUCAGUUUGGAGAGGCUGUGCAGUGCUGAUGUUUGGAGUAUAUUUCAAGCUGAAUUGAUUCAUGGUUGUCGCAAGUUUUCUUCCGGACUCUGACAUGUUAUAUUAAAGCACCUUUUUAAAAAACAA